GAAAAGAAUGAACGAACGAGAAAAAAAAAGGAGGAAAAACGUUUCCUGUGUCGGUCCCCUCUUAUAUUCCAACAAUUCGUUAAAAGGGACCACAAAAAUUUUAGCGCAUCUCUGGUCGAGUACGGAACUAGUGAUCCCCGGAUUUUUUUACUGAUCUUUGAUCCACACACCAAAAGGAUACCUUAUAACAAUUAAAAAAUGUCUGAAGAACUGAACAAAGAACAAAUUGCUUUGCUGAAGAAUGCCUUCGACACCUUCGAUGUCGAGAAGAAGGGCAGUAUUGGUACCGUCAUGAUUGGUACCAUUUUGGGUAUGCUCAGUAUCUCUUUGGAUGAGAAGAUGUUGAACGACAUCAUCAAUGAGGUCGAUGAGGAUGGAUCCGGUGAAUUGGAGUUCGAGGAGUUCGUCACCCUCGCAUCCAGGUUCAUGGUUGAGGAAGACGCUGAAGCCAUGCAAGCUGAGCUGAAAGAAGCUUUCCGUCUUUACGAUAAAGAAGGUAACGGCUACAUUUCCACCAGUGUUCUGAAAGAGAUCUUGAAGGAAUUGGACGAUAAAAUCACCAACGAAGAAUUGGACAUGAUGAUCGCUGAAAUUGAUUCCGAUGGAUCAGGAACUGUUGACUUUGAUGAAUUCAUGGAAGUCAUGACCGGUGGAGAUGACUAAAUUUCCUCAUCUUGAUUCUACCCAAAAGGAUUAGAAUUAUCUUAAGUUACCAAAAAAAAGAAAAAAGACGAACCCUCUCUGUACCUGUGUUAAAAU